CUAACAACUCAUCGGAAAAAUCCCUCUUUCUUACCUUCUUAAGCUCAGUUGAUAUGUCUAACCCCAAGGUCUUCUUCGACAUAACCGUCGGUGGCCAGCCCGCCGGUCGCGUUGUCAUGGAGCUGUACGCCGAUGUUGUGCCUCGCACCGCUGAGAACUUCCGUGCUCUCUGCACUGGAGAGAAGGGCGUUGGCCGCAGCGGCAAGCCUCUCCACUACAAGGGCUCCACCUUCCACCGCGUGAUCCCUGGAUUUAUGUGCCAGGGAGGUGACUUCACCGCCGGAAAUGGCACCGGAGGCGAGUCAAUCUAUGGAGCCAAGUUUGCCGAUGAGAACUUCACCAAGAAGCACACCGGCCCCGGUGUCCUCUCCAUGGCUAAUGCCGGCCCCGGAACUAAUGGAUCCCAGUUCUUCAUCUGUACUGCUAAGACUGAGUGGCUUGAUGGGAAACACGUGGUGUUUGGACAGAUCGUCGAGGGGAUGGACGUGAUCAAGGCAGUUGAGAAGGUCGGCUCCAGCUCUGGAAGGACCUCGAAGUCCGUCGUGAUCGCCGACUGCGGUCAGCUUUCUUAAACCGGUGCUUAUUGAUACUCAGAUGGCGGUGGUGUUUUAUGGCGGUGUUUUAUGGCUAGUGUUGUUUCUAAUUUUCUCUAUCAGGGUUUUGAAUCUUUUUUCAGUGACUGGGUUUUGUGUCUGUUUGGGGUUGAGAACUGUUUAUGGUGGUUUUUAUAAUCCACCAUAUUAAAUAAGAUAGGUGUUGUCUUGAAAGUACCAAUCAUCCUUUCAUUAAUCUGCUCUAAUUCUAAUGUUCCAUGCAUGAUUUAGAUGAUUUUGGUCAAUUCUAAUAUAACUGCAGGGUCUCU